UGGAGUCACUGUGCGUCGCGUCGCGUCGCGUCGCAUCGCUGAGAUAAGAUAGGAGAAAACGGAAAUAGGCAUUGAUAGGUUUGUCGUCCCAAGUGCAAACAAUAUGCCAGAUAAUGAGGAUCCCAAUGGGUGUGAGGUUUCAUGUGUAGGAAGGAUGCAAUGAUCAGAGGUGCCACAAACUAACUUAAAGAUGGAGGGAAAAUCCUUUGAUCAAGAGACGUAUUUAUCUUACAAACGGGCUCUGGACGAUCCACAAUUUGAAUUCGUUGAUCUGUUGGACUAUGACGACAGCGCGUAUGGUUACCUCAAAGAUCACCACUCUUUCAAACCGGAAGACUACUUGAAGCUACUGAUUAGCCGUGCUAUGAUUGAUAGCACCACACCUGUUCAGUUCCACAAAGAAAUGAAAGAAAUAAUUGAUCUGCGCGAAGAGGCUAGACCAUUUAAUCCAUUUGAUCUCUCUUAUCCUGAUUUUUCAAGAUUCCGGCAACUGGCGGACAAAUAUGGUGUCAAAAUAGACAUAGAUGAACCUGGUGCAUUGAUCACGAAUGACAUCAUCGAUUUUUUGUUUCCGCAUUAUUACCUGGAGGCUAUAGAUAGGAAGGAAGACCACAGCAACGCCGAGUCUGAUAAGUUUCGCGAAAUCAUGACAUAUCUUGAAUUCGCGGCUAUCAUUCCUAGAGGACGGAUCCUCAUGGAGACUGUCAGGACUGCUAUAGUAACUAUGCACAUUUGCGUUUUGUACGAAUAUCAAACGGGAGAAGAAGAAAUUAUUCCUAUGCCAGUCCUCCAAAAAAUAGUGAGACACCGAAUUAAUAUCGGUUUACUAUCAGAUGAGAGACGAGUGCGAUUCUUGAUCACGAAGCAAUUCAUUACACCUGAUCUACAUUUAUCUUUUGCAUUUAAGAAAGAGUACGAUAAAUUACAGGAAUCUAGUCCUGAGCUGAUCAGCCUGAUCAGUGAGCGUCUCAUGUGAUGGAUGCUCCGUUUUAAUUGUGAAUAAAUGUCGAAAAUAUGUUUGUAAACAAUUGUUGCAAUUUUAUCGGAACUUAGCAUUAAUGUUGAUAAUUUUUUUAUCAUUUUUUGAAAAAAUACAAAAAGGUUCAUGCAGAAAA